AUGAUUACCAUCAAUCACUCCUACUACCCGCAUGUGGUGGACCUGAUCCUCGACCAUGCCCCUCCCGCCUCACUCCUCGCGAUGGCGAAGACUUGUCGCAACUGGACACGGUGCUCCCUCAACCGAUUCUAUCACGUCAAGAACCCGCGCGUCAUCAAGGCACACAUUGUUCGCCACGUUAGCAUCGACAACCCCCUGCUUGGAAGGAUAUCGCUAAGCAAGGGGGAGCUUGUGCUUCUGAAGGGCUGCAAGGUGCUUGACAUCACGAGCCGGGAGAGGCGUUGGCGGCCGUGGUAUCUCCCUAACCUCGAAACAGUGCGGUACCACGAGGGCUUGGCUGAGUUACCACGCACGCAUGCGCGCCAGGCUGUGUUUCAAAACCAUCUGCCUCCGUUCAGCCGGUUCCUGUACAAGAUCAAGCAGACCAAACAGAUCGUCAUCUACAUCAGCAAGGAGUGCGGGAGACUUUACUGGCAUAAGCGAGCACUUGCGCACUUCCCGUCUGCUGAGCAGCUCGUCUUCAUCUUCGACGACGACAAUGACAACAGCAAGUUGGCACCCUCGGAAGGUACUUCCUCACCUGCCAACCGCUUGGACAUGGAUUACGACUUCCUGGAGACUGUCAAGCACGUCGUUGUCGCUGCGGUCCAGAAGAAGAUAAGAGUCAUGCUCGUGGGAACAGAGCGCUGGAAUGUGGAGACGUUCAACGUUCUGAAGCUUGGCGUGGAGAGGGUGUACAAGCAUUCCGAUGACAACCUGGAUUUCUACCGUCGCAUUAGCUUGUCGACUCUAGGCGUGUACCGCGAGUUUGUUGGAGAGGAGCAGUGGGCGGUGAUGACGGACUGGAAGGGUACUCUCUCGCCUAAGCGUUUGAAGCACCUGAAGAAGUAG